AUGAAGUGUCAUUACGAGGUAUUGGGUGUCAAAAGGGACGCGACUGAUGAUGAUAUGAAGAAGGUCUAUCGGAAAUUAGCCCUGAGAUGGCAUCCAGGUACAGUAAACGUUGUUGCCGUUUAGUUAGUUAGCUACAUUAGCCGGCUAACGGUAGCUGUUAGCUCACUGAUCAGAGGCCACGGCCAGUGACACAUUGCUAGCUAAACUGUAAUCAAAUUGAUGGUGUGGGAGACUGAAAAGUAGAACAAGAUAACUACUGCUAGUGCACUACCACCAGUUAGUUCGCUCUGCUUUUCCACUGGUGUCUUAUAUGUUCUCUCUUCACCAAAAAUAUGAUGUGUGUACCUUUUUAACAGUAUUGUUGUUUGAACAUCUUAAUUCCAUUUCCAGAUAAGAACUUGGACAAUGCAGAUGAGGCAGCUGAGCAGUUCAAACUGAUCCAGGCAGCCUAUGAAGUCCUGAGCGACCCACAGGAGAGAGCCUGGUGAGAAUCAUCUUCAUCCUCAUUAUCCAAAGUAAUGAAGGUCUUUUGACCGAGAUGUUGGUGGGGGAUCCAUUAAAUUGUUUGCAGUGUCCAAGAUGACCAGUGUACCAGCUCUUUGUCUUUCCUUGAUUCCUUGCAUUGUGCCUCCUGUCAAAAUGCAUUGAAAAAGAAGGUUGAAGGUUCCAGCCCUUGGACCUUCUCCUCCAAUGCAUUUGAAGGAGGAGAGAGAAUGCAAGGAAUUGGGGAAACACUCAUUUAGGAAGACUCAAGAGCUAUAGUAAUGCUAAUACUGUGCUUCUCAACUCCUGUCUCCAGGUAUGAUAACCACAGAGAGGCUCUCCUGAAAGGCGGGGUCAGCGGGAAGUAUGCUGAUGAAAGUGUUGACCUUGUCCAGUUCUUCACUGUCACCUGUUACUCUGGUUACGGGGAUGAUGAGGAGGUGAGUGUGACAGUCAGGGAGCAUCUCUAUCUCCUCUGUCAGUGGGGAGCAACUGCGGCCCCUCAUGAUUUACUAACUGUAAGUCGCUCUGGAUAAGAGCGUCUGCUAAAUGACUAAAAUGUAAUGAUUUCACAUUUUUUGUGGACCCCACCCCCAUCAGAUGCCGUCCCUGUUAGGUACUACCAGCAGAGGGCAGCAGAGUAUUGUUAUUUACUACCAGCAGAGGGCAGCAGAGUAUUGUUAUUUACUACCAGGUAGAGGGCAGCAGAGUAUUGUUACUACAAGUAGAGUAGUACUCUGACAAAAUAAUCCACACUCAGCCUCCAAGGUCACAGCUCAGCACAGUCUCACUUUGUGCAUGUAGAAAUGUAACAGUACACGUGUAUAACAGGGGGUUUGCUACAGUAUAAUAAUUAUUGUUACAGUGUAUUGUUUGCUGUGGAGAAAAUGGGGAUUUAUUCACUAAAGGGAUUGGAUCCUCUCUAUACAGGGCUCCCUUUUUUUUCAAUGGGACAACCUGGUAAAAUAUAAACAAGUUGUUUCCCCUCUCCUUUUCUCAGGGUUUCUACACAGUGUACAGGAACCUGUUUGAGUCCAUAACUACAGAAGAGACGGAGCACAGUAAAGAGGAGGAGGAGGAAGAAGAGGAGUUCCCUUCGUUUGGAGACUCUCAGAGUGACUAUGACACGGUAACGUCUGCCCUUGUUAAACACACAGAUACACAUACACAAAUACACACACUUCAUCAACUUUUGUGAUCAGCCCCCGAUCAAUGCUGAUAGUGUUCUGGAGUGAAUUGAGCCGUGGGCAGUUACUUGCAGUAACAGUGUCUAUCUGCGUAAGGUCAGUUGUGGUCAGUUCUGUAGAGUCUGCUUAAAUGGCCAAUGUCAUUGACAAGCUUAGUAUUGCGAUUCUCCCUCGGUCUAUGCUUCAGCAUGGUUAAUGCUUUUUUCCCCUAUGCUUCUAUUCAUGGUUAAUAUAUUACAUUCUGUGCUCUCGCUUAAUCUCAUAAUGGUAUUUUCUCUGGGUUCUAUAGACGGAGUUGAUUGCACUUUUGAUUUCUGUGAAAUAACAUUUGUAUGGUCGGUCUCUACCAUUUGGACAUUUUGCACAUUGGUUUAUAUCAUGAUAUAAGUCACAGUGGUCAUUGUGUCAUGAUGAUGGAUAAAUUGAUGAUUAAAUGGAUACAUCAUAUAAUUCUAUAAGGUUUAGCACAGGGGUGGGCAAACUGUUUUUUUUCAUAGACUCCAGUUCAUAAAACACUGUCUGUCUGUGGGUAAACUUUUUGGCUCGAGAGCCGCAUUGGGAUAUCAAAAUUAAGCGCAGGGCCGCACAGAUUUAAAAAAAAAAAGAAACAAAUAUUUGUAUAUAUAAAUCCUUAAAGGGCUGUAGUUUUCCCACUGGUUUAGCAGCUCCACACUAAAGCCUAUAUCCAUCUCCUGUACUGUACCUGUCUGCUCCCUGAGAUAUAAUCAUUGUCUAUACCUCUCUGCUUCUUCCUCCCCCAGGUUCACCUCUUCUACGCCUACUGGCAGAGCUUCUGCACGCGGAAGAAGUUUGCUUGGAAGGAGGACUAUGACACGAGGCAGGCCUCCAACCGCUGGGAGAAGAGGGCCAUGGAGAAGGAGAACAAGAAGGUACUGUUAUGUUAUGCUUUUAUGGCCUUUAAGCACUUACAGUGAAGCAGUAGCCUUAGAGAGGUGGACCAGCAGCCAGAAGGUUGCUGGGUCAAGCCCUGGGCCGGGGCGACGCAAAAAUGGGAAUGGAACUGAACUCCCAUCUCCUGCCGUUGUGCCCUUGAGCAAGGCUAUUGUAUUCUAAGUGCAUAUGUUGUGUUCCUAUUCAGCCAGUGCAUAUGUAGUUCAUAUGUGUGGUAUGAGCCACUGAAGAUUGGCAAAUCUAACUGAAUGUUUUGUUAUGCUCACAAAUGUUAGGAAGUGAGACCUCGAUUAAAUAUGAGCCGUUUGAUAAAGAACCAGCGCCGUUCUUUCAACACAACAGAUCUGAAAGGAAAUGGAUCAUAAAGUAUUGUUGUUCUUCUAAGGUCAGAGACAAGGCCAGGAAGGAGCGCAGCGAGCUAGUGCGUCAGCUGGUGGCGUUUGUGCGUAAGCGCGACAAGAGGGUGCAGGCCCACAAGAAGCUGGUGGAGGAGCAGAACGCUGAGAAGGCCAAGAAGGUGGAUGAGCUACGACGCAAGCAGAAACUGUCCCAGGCCAAGUGAGUUCACAUAGAAAUAUGAUAUGUCGAACAUAUGCCUCUUCAAAAAAAAGGAAGCUUUCACAUGCCAAGCGAGUGUUGCUGACUACAUUGCAGUCGGACUGCGCAGAAUCACUGAUCUAUAUACUUGUGUUAAAAUAACCACCUAUGAUGUAAAGAAAGUAGCAAAUCUGUGCCUUUCCUUAAACUGAUCCACUCAGACAUGCUACAUGUAACAUUUCCUCUCCCAGACUGGCGGAGGACUACAAGGAGCAGAGCUGGGUAGCCAUGUCUGAGAUGGAGAAGGAGCUACAGCAGAUGGAGGCUCGGUACGGAAAGGAGUUUGGAGACGCGUCAUCGAGCGAGGAGGAGGACCAGGGAAGAGGGGGUCAGUACAGAGCAGACCUCUCACGUAGUAACUCCGGUCUCAGACUGAGGAAACGCCAACUCUCUGAGAAGGGCUAGAUAUUUCUGCAUACGGUAGCAGGCAUAUUAUCUUAGUCUACUGUAGCUUCUGCAUGAGUAGGACUCUGUGAGUAGUAAUGGCAAGAAUGGAUUGCAUUUAUAGUUGUUUGCCAUGUCACGUUUAACUGGGGGUGCGUUCUUUUACCACCAGAUCUCAAAGCGUUUUACAUUUGGUUUAUGUGUGUUUGUUGUUGUGUAUGAGAAGAGCAAUCUCAAUGUAACACAUCUGUUCUCCCCAGAUGAACAGAAAGAUGAGACAGAGGAACUCAUGGAUGACUAUUAUGACGACCUGUACUGCCCUGCAUGUGACAAAUCCUUCAAAUCAGACAAAGCGUAAGUAGUGAGGUCGUGUUCAUUAGGGGGCACAAUGGAAAACGUUGUAAAGCAGUCUGCAUUGGAAAACGAAAUGAAAAUGUCUUACUGGUCAAAUCCAGGUAGUCCCAGUCAGUAUUCUUCCUUUUGGUGCCUAAUGAACACAACCCGGUUUACCUGAGGGAGGACUGAGUUCAGUUCAUCACUAAAGCGUGUUGUUCUUGUUUGCGCAGAAUGAAGAAUCACGAGAAGUCAAAGAAACAUAGAGAGAUGGUGGCGUUACUACGGCAACAACUGGAAGAAGAGGAUGACGCCCUCUGUCUGAAGGAUGAGCAUGAGGAAGAGGAGGAUGAAGAACUAGAAGAAGCUCCAAAACAAAAGUAAGUUAAUCUAAGAUAUGGUAUUUUCUCCAUCCAACAUAUGAGAAACUACCUGGAUGUUGCUGUUGCUAUAGGACAAUUUGCCAUUAUAGAAUACACUGAGUGUACAAAACAUUAGGAACACCUUAAUAUUGAGUCAAUCUAAUUAACAUAGUAAAUAAAAUCCCCAUCAAAAUCUGUCAGUUUAAGAUUGAGACGCAGCCCAAAUAUCUCUGUCUGCCGACGUUGCCCUUCCGCGUGAAAGGUGGCAGAGCUAGAGCGGUGUUUGUCAGACCAUGAGACCCCCCCGGAAAUCUGUCUUCUCAAGAAAAUGUCUGUAGCGUCCAAACGAUGGGGUGUACGAACUAUGGAAAGAUGACUCUCACGAACACGGUGUUCACAGUUUUGCUCUAUGACCCCCACACACGUCACGGGACUCGUCUGAAGUUGAUAUAGCCGAUCUGCCAACUUCUGUCUGUAGCGUCCGAACAUUAGCUACACGCUAAUAUGACCCCUCUAUGGAAAGGUAGGUCUCUCGUGAACACGUUCAUGUGGGCUUCCUAGAGUAAAAUGUACAUGUUUUGCUCUAGGAUCCCCACAAGUGACAUCAAUAAGGGAUCAUAGCUUUCACCUGGAUUCACCUGGUCAGUCUGUCAUGGGAAGAGCAGGUAUUCGUAAUGUCUUGUACACUGUGUAUGUUUUCCAAAUACAAACUGGUAUAUUAAUAAUGUUAUUUGAACUUCCAGGCUGUCUAAAAAGCAGUGGUAGAUUAAUAACGUUAUUUUAACGUCCAGGCUGUGGUAGAAUAAUAAAGUUAUUUUAACGUCCAGGCUGUGGUAGAAUAAUAAAGUUAUUUUAACGUCCAGGCUGUCUAAAAGGCAGAAGAAGAAAAAGAGACUACAGAAAAAUGGGCGGAGCCCCACAGAAGAGGUAGACAAGGACGCGGCCUCAGAGCCCACCUCCACCCCUAAAGACACCCCCACAGACAACAGCCCAGAGAGCCCUCCAUCAACACAGACCAGCGGUGAGGCAGAGGACACCCAGCCUGCCGCAGACCCCCGGCAGACAGCUGCGGACAAACCCUGUGAGGACCCAACAGAGGACGGACAGCAGGAGGAAGACCUCACAGCCACCGAACCAAAGAGGUGACCUGACCUGCCCCCAUCUUCUAUCAAAACUAGUGACGGGAUGGAAUUUACAGUAUUUAGGAUAAAGCAAUGCAUCACUAGCCUGGUCCUAGAUCGGUUUGUGCUGUCCUGAGUUGGCAAGACAGCAGAAACCGACCUGGGACCAUGCUAGAGCAGUACUGAUAUAAUCAUUAGCUACUAUACAGGUAUAUUCAUGCAUUCUGACUUGUAACUUUUUUUUUCUUCAUCAGCUCUGGAAAGACUAAGGGGAAGAGGAGUGAAGGAAAGGACUGCAAAAAGAAUGGCCAACCACAGGGAGGAGGAGUGGAGCAAGGAGGAGCAGAGGUUUGUACCGUCCACCUCUACUGGUCCUUCAUUGGUUAAUCAAUCCAGGAAGGGUUUGUACUAACCGGAACUGGCUGCCCUUAAUUGAAAAGUAGUACAAUUAUUUAAUGACCUUGUUUGAGACUGCUUAAAUGCACAGGUGCUUUUGUUGUUCAUUAAUGAACCAUUCCACUGUCUUUUAAACUCCCAGAAGGAGCUGAACCUGCGCUGUGUGACCUGUCACUAUGAGUUCUCCACCAGGAACAAACUGUUUGACCACCUGAAGACGACGGGACACGCUACAGCUGUAUCACACGGCGGCAGUACGCCCGCCGCAGGGAAGAGCAAGAACGAGAAGAGGAAGAACAGAUGA